AUGAAAUCAUCUAAAGAGAGAGCAGGAGAAGAAGGAAAAGAAAAAGAAGAAGAAGAAGAUCAAGAAGAAGAAGAAGAUCAAGAAGAAGAAAAAGAUCAAGAAAAAGAAGAAGAUCAAGAAAAAGAAGAAGAUCAAGAAAAAGAAGAAGAAGAAAAAAAAGAUCAAGAAGAAGAAGAAAAUAACAAAAUGGAGAAACAGGUGAAGUGUAGUACAAAAUAUACUCCUCCGUCGAAAAAUGCAAAGCAAUAUCCUUCACCAAAUUGCCACGAAGAUGUGGACAGUUUGCUGACAUUGCAAAAUGAGAGAAAUAAUUUAUCACCUCUUUCCUCCGCUCCUCUUUCACCGUCCAGCACAAGGUCUUCGUCUCCCAAUUAUCAACACCGCGAAGAAGGGGAAAUAUUUGGGCCAAGCAACUCUGGAAUUCCUCCGCAAACGACAUUGAAGCGGGUGGCAGAUGGUACGGCGGGUACUGCGGCUGCUUAUCUUAUAAAAUAUCUCGUUUUUAAUAAAGACCCCAAAUUGGCAAUUGAGCCAUGCGUAAAGGUCAGACGUUUAUCUGCGCCUUUCCAAACACAGGGAAAAACAAGAGGAACAAGACGAGGAAAUGGAAGGUUGCCUGGAAGACCGAAAACGAGGAAAGGUCCCAGCAGGAAAAAAAUUAUAGAACAGAAGUUCGUCUGA